UUAUAAAUUCCAUUGCAACCUAUGUGUAACUUAAUCAAAGAAUCUCAAUAGUGAAUGUAUUAAAUACUGAUGUUGUAAAUUAAGAUGUCAUCCAACUACAUUGUUACUGCUCACAAACCAACUGCUGUAAAGCAAUGUAUUACAGGUAAUUUCACCAGUGGAAGUGACUUGAAUUUAUUAAUUUCUAAGAACACCCGACUAGAAUUAUUCACUGUCACACCAGAAGGCUUGCGUCCUGUCAAAGAAAUCAAUAUAUAUGGCAGAAUAGCUGUGCUCAAAUUUUUCAGACCAGAAGGUGAAGAUCGUGACUUAUUGUUUAUAUUAACCGAGCGAUAUCAUGGAUGUAUAUUGCAAUACAAAGCAACUGAUGGCGGAUGUGAAAUUAUCACCAAAGCAAGUGGGGAUCUCAGUGAUACAGUUGGCAGACCGCCAGAAACUGGAAUAAUUGGAAUUAUUGACCCAACAAGUAAACUUAUUGGUCUUCGCUUGUAUGAAGGGGUUUUCAAGUUCCUACCUUAUGAUCCAACUUCUGAAGAGUUACGACCUUUCAACAUAAGAAUUGAAGAACUGAGUGUCAUUGAUGCUAAAUUCCUACAUGGUUACACCACACCAACACUUGUUAUUAUUUACCAGAACUCCCAAGGUCGCCAUGUGAAAACAUAUAUAGUUGAUGUACGUGACAAAGAAGUAGUAGCUGGACCGUGGAAACAAGAAAACAUCGAUGCUGAAGCCAACUUUAUUAUUAAUGUUCCCAAACCCUUAGCUGGAUCCAUAAUCAUUGGACAAGAAUCCAUCACCUACCAUAAUGGUGACAAAUAUAUUCCUAUUGCACCACCUCAAAUAAAGGACACAAUCAACUGUUAUGCUCCGGUAGAUAAAGAUGGAUCAAGAUACCUCCUCGGUGAUCUUGCUGGUCAUCUAUUCAUCCUUCUCCUGGAGAGUGAUGAGAUGAUGGAUGGAACAAACACAGUCAGGGAUCUUAAGAUUGAACUUCUUGGAGAGGUUUCGAUCCCAGAAGCAAUCAGUUACCUUGACAAUGGGGUGGUUUAUAUCGGGUCACGACUUGGAGAUUCACAACUUAUUCGGUUACAUACAACACCUGUAGAAGUGCAGUCACCUACAGACUCUAGCAUGGAAGGAAGACCCAAACCAAGUCUUAUCAGUGUGCUUGACACUUAUACCAACCUUGGUCCUAUUAUUGAUAUGUGUGUAGUUGAUUUGGAUAGACAAGGACAGGGUCAGGUGGUCACUUGUUCUGGCGCAUUUAAAGAAGGAAGUCUCAGAAUUAUUAGAAACGGGAUCGGAAUCCAAGAACACGCGAGUAUUGAUUUGCCUGGAAUUAAAGGUUUAUGGCCUUUAAGAGUGUUUGAUACUUCACGGAGCUACGAUACUCUCGUCAUCUCAUUCGUCGGACAUUCUCGCAUCCUCCAGUUGAGUGGAGAGGAAGUAGAAGAGACAGAUCUUCCUGGAUUUGAUGAUGAGAGCCAAACUUUUUACUGCUCCAAUGUUUGCCACAACCAACUUGUACAGAUCACAGAGAAAAGCAUCAGGUUGAUAUCACACACUGAGAGAAGACAAGUUCAUGAAUGGAAACCUAAGAAUGAUCGUCAUAUAAGUGUUGCUACAUGCAAUAAGUCACAAGUGUUGCUUGCUAUUGGCUCAUCUCUUCAUUACUUUGAAAUACAACCAGGUGAGGUGAUCGAACGAGCAUGUGUGGAUUUACCACACGAAGUUGCAUGUUUAACUAUUGAACCCCUGGUCAGUGACCCUUCAGAAUUGGAAGGUCCAGACUUCGUCACGGCCUCUAUAUGCGCUGUCGGUUUAUGGAACGACAACACAGCUCGUGUUCUUAAACUUCCAACAUUAGAAGAGAUGCACCAGCAGAAACUGGCCGAUGAAAUAAUCCCACGUUCAAUACUUCUGGUACAAUUCGACGGUAUUAACUAUCUACUUGUGACUCUUGGUGACGGGACUCUGUUCUAUUUUACUCUCAAUCCUGAAACAGGUUAUAUCAGUGAUAGAAAGAAAGUUCCACUUGGAACACAACCAACUUCCCUCAGUGUUUUCACGUCUGGUGGUUCACGAACAGUGUUCGCGUGUUCGGAUCGUCCCACCGUCGUAUAUAGUUCGAAUAAGAAGCUGGUAUUUUCCAAUGUCAAUUUAAAAGAGGUUUCCCAUAUGUGCCCGCUGGAUUCGGACGGUUAUCCGGACAGUCUUGCCUUGGCCAAUGACAACACCUUGUUGAUCGGGACGAUAGACGAAAUACAGAAACUGCAUAUUCGCACAGUGCCGCUGUAUGAGUCACCAAGAAGAAUAGCUUACCAGGAAGAAUCUCAAUGCUUUGGCCUUGUCACUUUACGUACAGACUCCGUCGACGCUACCGGUGAUAAGAUGAAAAUAACAAGACCCAGCGCUAGCACUCAGGCAUCGGUAUGCACGAAAAGUCCACCCGUAGACGGAAGAUCCGUCGAAGGUUUUUCUGCCACAGCUGAUAUAGGCAGUUUGCUUAUAAUAGACCAACAUACAUUUGAAGUCCACCAUGCAUACCAGCUUGACACGAACGAGGAACCCUUAAGCAUUAUGUCAUGCAAAUUAGGAUCGGAUCCUAACUCUUACUUCGUGGUCGGCACUGCGUUCGUUUACAUGGAAGAAACUGAACCAAAACACGGCCGAAUUCUCGUCUUUCAUUAUAUUGACAAUAAAUUAACGUUGGUGGCGGAAAAAGAGGUGAAAGGAGCCGUGUUUUGUCUUUGCCAGUUUAACGGCCACGUUUUGGCUGCCAUUAACACGUCGGUGAGCAUAUACCAGUGGACGACAGAAAAAGAGUUACGUGCCGAGUGCAGCAACCAAAGCAAUAUAUUGGCAUUGUACUUAAAAUGCAAGGGCGACUUCGUGUUAGUUGGCGACCUCAUGCGCAGUAUGAGCAUCUUAAACUACAAGCACGUAGAAGGCAAUCUAGACGAGAUAGCGAAGGAUUACAGUCCAAAUUGGAUGACGGCUGUCGAGAUUUUAGACGACGAUAAUUUCUUAGGCGCCGAAAAUUUCUACAACGUAUUUAUCUGCCAGAAAGACAGUGGUGCUACUACAGACGAAGAAAGGUCCAAGCUACGAGAAGCCGCUUUGUUUCACGUUGGUGAUUCAAUAAACACUUUUCGUCAUGGUUCACUAGUCAUGCAGAACGUGGGGGAAACUGCGGUUUCUUCGAAGGGGCAUAUUCUCUUCGGUACAGUGCAUGGGAGUAUAGGAGUGAUUACAACAGUCGACGAAGACCUAUACGCAUUUCUGCAUUCUAUACAGAACCGGCUUGCCAAAGUCAUCAAGAGCGUCGGAAACAUAGACCACGAAUCAUGGAGAUCGUUUUGCACCAACGAAAAGACGGAGGCUCACCGUGGGUUCGUGGAUGGCGACCUUAUUGAAUGUUUUCUCGAUCUUAACAGGGAAAAGAUGGCAGAAGUAGCAAAGGGUUUGAUGGUAAAAGAGCAUGGGACGAAACGAGAAGCAACGGUUGAUGACUUGAUAAAAGCAGUGGAAGAAAUGAACCGCAUUCAUUAAAACGAAAACAUGAUUUUCCUUAAAUUUGUGAACCCCACAAAAACGCUGCGUCAAUUUGCGUUAGUUUCAUUCACUCAGUUUUUGACCAUACUUUUUUAGAACGCGCAAAAUUUUUCUCUAACAAUCAUUGUUCGGUAUUUCUUGCUGCUGUUUCGUCAAGCGAGGCCUAGCAAAUACCGCGGGUCGAUUUAAUUUCAUGUAGCUACGGCUAUAUUUGUUGGCCUAAUAUGCGCCCAAUGAUGAUGGAUUUCCUAAUAAAAUAAUUGCAACGCCGGGAGUCUCACAUAUGACGACUGGUGUGCUAUUUAAA